GCGCACCCGACUCACCGGGGCGCAGCGGGAGCCCGUGCGGGGCAAGCGGCCGUCCAUGCGGCGGCGCUCGGGAAGCACGCGGAGCUGAGAAGGCUGACGCUCCGGACUAGCUCCAGGAGUUGAAGAUCACUUGAACCUGCAGAAAACGGGGGACCCCUCUGAGGAGCCCUUGCCUUAGCCUGGACCUGCAGCAUCAUGGUUUCCCAUUUCACAAGCUGUCUCAGUGCGCUGGCCACCCUCCUGCUGCUUGGUUCUCAGCUUGUUUGCCCACAGUCCUCUACUGAACACAGAAAGGUCCCACAACGGAUGGCCGUGGCAGAGGGAACCCCAGAGGACAGUGGUGGUGGCUCUCCAGGAGUUUGGGGCUCUUGGGGCCCCUGGUCUGCCUGUUCACGCAGCUGCAGUGGUGGUGUGAUGGAGCAGACGCGGCCCUGCUUGCCCAGCUCCUAUCGCAGUCGUGGAGGUUCGCGACCUGGUGGCCCUACGCUGUCCUUCACUGGCCAUGUCGUGUCAGCCGUACGCACCUCAGUACCACUGCAUCGAAAUCGUGAGGAGCAACGUGCCCCGCCUGGCCCCGAUGCCAGCCUCCCAGGCCCCACAGUGGUGCGAGGCAGCCGCCACCCACAGGCCCGGGGCCGAGAAUCCUCAGAGAGAAGGAGCAGGACCCGAGGUCCCAUCGGCCCUGGCAAGUACGGUUAUGGGAAGGCUCCCUACAUCUUACCACUGCAGACAGAUACCACGCAUACUCCGCAGAGGCUUCGGAGACAAAGACCUUCAUCCCGACAUUCCAGAUCCCAGGAGGCUUCUGCUUCUAGGCAGGGCUACAGGCCACCAGCCCACCAGUUCUCCCACAGUGGACCUCUCUACCAAAGUGACAGAGGCCCUCGUUCUGGACUGCCGGCUUCUGAGGCCUCUAUCUAUCAGCUGCCUUUGACUCAUGAGCAAAGCUAUCCUGCAGCUCCGGGUCUUUACCACAGUCCGGAACUGAGCAGCAACGGUGGUGCCAGGCCCCAGGGCUCAGCUCAGUCCUUUCCCCAGCAUCUGCGGUCUACAGCCAUCUCAUGCAUUGGGGCCUAUCGGCAGUACAAACUGUGCAACACCGACGCGUGUCCGGAAAGUGGUAGAAGUAUCCGGGAGGUCCAGUGUGCAUCCUACAACAACAAGCCAUUCAUGGGCCGGUUUUAUGAAUGGGAACCAUUUGCAGAAGUAAAGGGCAAUCGCAAGUGUGAGUUGAACUGCCAAGCAACCGGCUACCGCUUCUACGUGCGACAAGCUGAGAAGGUCAUUGAUGGCACCCCCUGUGAUCAGAAUGGCACAGCCAUCUGUGUCUCGGGACAGUGCAAGAGCAUUGGCUGUGACGACUUCCUGGGCUCCGACAAGGUCGUGGACAAGUGUGGGGUAUGCGGAGGCGACAACACGGGCUGCCAGGUGGUGUCGGGAGUGUUCAAGCAUGCCCUCACCAGCCUGGGCUACCACCGCGUCGUCGAGAUUCCCCAAGGAGCCACGAAAAUUAACAUUACAGAGAUGCACAAGAGCAACAACUAUUUGGCCUUGCGAAGCCGCUCCGGCCGCUCCAUCAUCAACGGGAACUGGGCAAUUGAUCGCCCGGGGAAGUACGAGGGCGGAGGGACGAUGUUCACCUACAAGCGACCCAAUGAGAUCUCCAGCACUGCUGGGGAGUCCUUUUUGGCUGAAGGUCCCACCAAUGAGAUCCUGGAUGUCUAUAUGAUACACCAGCAGCCCAACCCAGGAGUCCACUACGAAUACGUGAUCAUGGGGAACAAUGCCAUCAGCCCGCAGGUGCCACCCCACAGAAGACCAGGAGAACCAUUCAAUGGGCAGUUGGAAGCAGAAGACAGACGCCUGGAGGACAGAGACAACCGGGACAAGAACCAGGAGAAGGAAGACUCACAUGCCGAGGCCCCUGAGGUACUGACUUCGGCAUCCUCACACACGCAGACCUUCCCCGUCAGGCAUCCUGAUAGAUUCCCUGCCCACCGACCGGACAACUUGGUGCCAGCAGCACCGCAGCCCCCCAGGAGAAGCCGGGACCACAACUGGAAGCAGCUGGGGACAACAGAAUGCUCCGCCACCUGUGGGAAAGGAUCACAGUACCCAAUCUUCCGCUGUGUGCACAGAAACACACAUGAGGAGGUUCCCGAGAGCUACUGUGACUCCAGCAUGAAGCCAACCCCGGAGGAGGAACCCUGCAACCUCUUCCCCUGCCCAGCCUUCUGGGACAUCGGGGAGUGGUCUGAGUGCAGCAAAACCUGCGGCCUGGGCAUGCAACACCGCCAGGUUCUGUGCCGCCAGGUGUAUGCCAACCGCAGCCUGACAGUGCAGCCCUACCGCUGCCAGCACCUGGAGAAGCCUGAGACCACCAGCACCUGCCAGCUCAAGAUCUGCAGCGAGUGGCAGAUUCGGACCGACUGGACCUCGUGCUCGGUGCCCUGUGGCGUGGGGCAGCGGACCCGCGACGUGAAGUGCGUGAGCAACAUCGGGGAUGUGGUGGAUGACGAGGAGUGCAACAUGAAGCUCCGACCGAAUGACAUCGAGAACUGUGAUGUGGGGCCCUGUGCCAAGAGCUGGUUCCUUACAGAAUGGAGUGACAGGUGCUCAGCCGAGUGUGGGGCUGGCGUGAGGACUCGCACAGUGGUGUGCAUGACCAACCACGUCAGCAGCCUGCCUCUGGAAGGCUGUGGGAACAACAGGCCGGCAGAGACUACACCGUGUGACAACGGGCCCUGCGCAGGCAAGGUGGAGUGGUUCUCCGGCAGCUGGAGUCAGUGUUCCGUUGAGUGUGGCAGUGGGACACAGCAGAGGGAGGUGAUCUGUGUUAGGAAGAAUGCAGACAUCUUUGAAGCGCUAGACCCUUAUGAGUGUUCAUUCCUGGAGAAGCCUCCGAGCCAGCAGGCCUGCCACCUCAAGCCUUGUGGAGCUAAAUGGUUUAGCACAGAAUGGAGCAUGUGCUCCAAGAGCUGUCAGGGCGGAUUCCGGGUCCGGGAAGUGCGGUGUCUGUCGGAUGACAUGACCCCCAGUAGCCUCUGCGACCCCCAGUUGAAACCAGAAGAGAGAGAAUCCUGUAACCCUCAGGACUGUGUCCCUGAAGUUGAUGAGAACUGCAAGGACAAGUACUACAAUUGCAAUGUGGUGGUCCAGGCGCGCCUCUGUGUCUACAACUACUACAAGACCGCCUGCUGUGCCUCCUGCACCCGCGUGGCCAACAGGCACACAGGCUUCCUGGGAAGUCGAUAACACUCCUGCUCCCCCGCGGCUGCAAGCAGUGCACCUGGCCGGCUGGUGCUCUGCCAGGGACCCCCAACUCACCUUCAUAAAGUGUACCACCUGGUACCCAGGAUGCUAGAACGCCCUUUGAGCAUCACUCUGUCCUGAUGACGCCCUUCCUUGGGAACUGGCACCUGCUAAUGGGGCCUACUGAAAACCAAGCAGUCACGUGCAUGCAGCUCUCAUCCCAACUUCAGGCUUGCUGUCGUCCAGGUCAGCCACUGGACCACCGACCCGGCACAGCCUCCUUCCUGGUGCUACUGGCCUGUCCAGAAUUAGCACCCCUUUAGAAAGUCAAGAGAGGAGAGCACCCCAUCCUAUGACACCAACAAACCUUACUGAGACCUGUGCGUCCCUGUUACCUCAGCCAGCCGCGCCUGUCACCAUUCUUAAGGACAAUAGACUGUUUCCCACCUCAGGACAGAGGUAUCCCACAGCAGAGUGCUCUCUUGUUUAGCAGGUACAUACAUUCUCAGACCUUAGCUCACUGGAGGCCAUGGUGUCCCAGAACGGGAAGCAGGGGUUGAAUAAGUGCUCUUACUUGACAAGCAAGGAACCGAGGCUCAACUCAGAUAACUGAGCUGGCCAUUUUGUGCCAGGGCUGGGUGCCUACCUCAGAUGCCUGAGCAUAACCUCACCCCACAGCGCCUCCAGUGGCCAGCCUGGGGCUUGUCCACUGGCCUUUAGUCUGAAGAAUGACCGGGGCUUCCUAUUGGACCAGGGGGUCAAGUUGUAUUUUAUGAACGGAGCCCAAGCUUCUGAAACCCUUCCUCUGUCCCCAAGUGCUGCUUCACUGAGUAUUUAGUCCUUUGAAGAUGUCUGCACCCCUGUUCCCCUUCCCUAAGUCGCAGCUCCUGCUGACAGGACUCUGUGGUGUUUGCUAAGUUCUGUCCUCAACAGAACUUUCCCACAAGACAAAAAAGCCACAGGGAGAGCAAGAAUGUGGCCAGGGAUUUUCUGGGGAACUCUGGAGCUGGAACAAAUUCCCAAAUCCCACAAGCUUUAGUUCCGCCAUCUCUCCUGGGUUCUCUGUGGCGUACCCCCUGCUGGAAAGCCAAGCCAACAGUCCCAGGAAAUCUCCACGUUGCAAUAGGAGGAGUCUUAUUUGGGCCUUAUGGGUUGAUAAAAGGGUUUCUUGCUGGUAGUCUCACAUCCCUCCCUACUGUUCCUCUCCUCUCUCCCUCCCGUUCCCCUGUGACUCAUGACUCUUACUUCCCACAAGACUUGACCAUCAAGAUCAGUUUUAAUGAUGCGGGUCUUGGAGAAGGAACUCUGAAGUCCUUCCCAUCUUCACUGACACACUUUAGCCGACUGUAAUUCCAGAGGUCCCAGGCCUGAAGGGACUCGGUGCAUAUUGAAAGGUGAACCAUCUCUGGAGGUUGGGAGAGACAAUUAAGAGGAAUAUUCUUUUCUUAAAACUUGUAAAAUUACAGAAAUUGUCUUAUUUU